UAAUAGAAUUAUCGUUUUUAAUGUUUUUUUUAGGUGGGUGUCGCUACUCCUUCUCAUAGUUUGAGGGAUCAAGAUUCAUUGAAGGAUCUUCAUCACAGCUACGCAAGCCACUUCUCGUCAAAGUCACAAAAAGGAGUAGAAAACGACCGUUCACAGCGAACACAUAUCGUGCUGUCAUCGGAAGGAGAUCUUGAUUCUUUGACCUUGCCACCAAAAUACAAAGGAAAGGAAGAAGGUAUAAAACCAGUCUCCAGUAGGCGUGAGCAUGCGCAAACGUCGUCCAUGCGUACAUCUCGAUCAGCAAGUACAAAGAAGCAGAGUUUGGAACCAGUCUCCAGCAGAUGUACGCAUUCGCAGAUAUCAUCCAAGUCGAAGACCGAACCACCUGAAGUAAAGCCCAAACCAAGAUGGCGCAGCUCGUCUUCUUCAAAAAUCAACGAACCAGUUCAAUUUAAGCUGCAGCUGUCAGAUGUCUUAUCACGUGAUACAGUGACGUCAUCACAAGGGAUGGAAAGCCGGCUUCGUUUGAAGACAAAACUGCAGGAGCAAAAGGAAACACCCAAAAAGCCACUGGACGUUAAACCAAAGCCCUGGAGAGCAAAAUUUGGAGAAAAAGAAUUAACUUUUAAAGACAAUAUCUUAACUUUUGAACUGAAAACAAAAUUACGAGCAAGAUCUUUACUGGAGAAAGAAACAGUAACAAUAACACAGGAACAAGAAGAAUAUGGUGAUCUGGACACCUCGCACACACGACAAGGGAACUACAGGAAAUUCGCGGACCAUCGUCUAAGUGUAAGAAGAAGAAAGCGACAUCGGCCGACAUCAAACCCCGUGAGACAACUGAAGAAAAGAAAGGACAUACGAAGCGAAUUUUAGAAAAAUAUGCUUCGUUGUGUUGAGGAAUUUGUGUCACAUGCAUGUCACAUGAUUAUAGGGGUCACAUGAUCACCAAUUGUGAAUUACGUGUUAACUCAAGCAAGUAAUAAGGCAAGAGCGCAAAAGCCUUUUGUCUUCUAGCGGGGAUUAAAACAAACGCGGACUCUGAUGAUGUUCAGUUAGUGUGUGCGCGCACUGCCUUUGGAAGAUCUCCUAUGAUGCACAUCAGGCUUGUGACUUGUAUGUCUGACAUUUUAAUAGUUGUGACUUGUGUUUGUAAACGUGGAAGAUGAGAAUAAAGUCAUAUAUAGAAAUUAAACUAUUAUAUAACGCCG